CUGCUCCUCUCCCAAGAUCCCUCCUGCCCCACACACCAUGUGCCACACCAGCUGCUCCACUGGCUGCCAGCCGGUCUGCUCUGUUCCCGUCUGCUGCAAGCCCGUCUGCUGUGUCCGUCCCUGCUGCCGCCCGGCCUCCUGUGUGGCCCUGCUCUGCCGCCCAGCGUGCCCCAUGGUGACUAGCUGCCAGGCAGUCUGUGGAGCUGGCAGCAGCUCCCCCUCAUGCUGUGGAGGCAGCUCCUGCCAGUCUACCUGCUGCCAAGCUGGUCCCUGCAGCCCUGCCUUCUGCGUGUCGAGCCCCUGCCAGUCUGCCUGCUGUGUGCCUGUCUGCUGCAAACCCACUGUGUGUGUGCCCGUGUGCUGCAAGCCUGUGGCCUGUGGUGUCCCCUCCUGCCAGGCCUCCUGUUACCAGCCAGCCUCUUGCACCUCCCUGACCUGUGGACCCUCCUGCACCCCCUCCUGCUGCUGAGCACGACUCUUUGAAGGAUCACUGCAGGCACAGCUUAGCUGUUCGCUAGAGCAGGUCUCUCCUGGUGCCAUCCCAUGCCAAGGUGAGAAGAAGUGAAGUUUCCCCACAAAGAGACUCCCUGAAACUUCCAGCUGAAUUAACAGAGUCUGUGUCAGGGAAGGACCUUAGAAUUUGCAUUUUUAGAACUGAACUGGCUUCGACUCACUGGGUGACCCUUUGGGU